GAAUCAUUCACUCUGGUCGUGCGGUUGUUGGUGGUCGUCGUCUCGACUAGUGCGCGUUUUUCGAAAACCGCAUUAAUAAUAAUAUCGUUGUUCGUUCUAAGUGUAUACGCCGUUAUUGUAUUUAUUUAUUUUACCUGUACGAGUACAUCAUGAGAUCGUUGGUCAUCGUAGCGGACUACAUGUCCUCUUACGGUGUAACAAUCGUGUUACUAGUGUUGGAAAUUAAAUAACGUCGUCCGGGGUUUCGUGAAAAACUGGGCGUCAGAGAAAACAAUUAUUCACAAACAAACAAAAAACAAAAAAAAAAAAUUAAAAAUAACACUCAUCAUAUACACGCAAUUAAAUACAAUUCAUCGCAGAAUCCGUGGAGAAAAUAGAUCGACGGUCGACGGAAACUCUCGAAAUUAAACCAUCGUAACCGCUACAGCCGAAAAUCCGUGAAUACACAAUGAGGAUUUUGACGAUCGCCUGGAUUUUGGUGGCGGUCACGUGGUGCUGCGACAGUGCCGUUAUCUACGAACCGGUGGUUCAAAACACCCGUUACUACGAGCCCAGAAUUCAGGACUUGGAGCUUCUCGACAAAAACUUUUUUGAUGUGGCUUCGAUUGAAAAGAGGAACGGUGUAAUGCAAGGCGAGUCACCGAGAAGUCGUCCUAGUUUAUCCAUCGUCAACUCUCUAGACGUGCUCCGACAAAAAUUAAUGUAUGAGGUGGCACGGCGACACGUAGAUGAGAAUCAGAAAGUGUUGUCGCAAAACCACCAGAUACUGAAGAACCUCGGAAAGCGGUCAUUGUUUCCUUUUCUCGAAGUACCACGGAGGUACAACGUAUUACGUAUAUAAUAAUACAUCGAGUUAUUAUUAUUUUUUUGAAACAGACUUAUUGGAGUACGCUACUAAGUUUUUCAUUGUUUAUUUAAUUCAUUUAAAUCAAUU